GGCUAAUUAAAGUUGCGACAAAACGAAAACCAGUCGCCAGUUGUCCGCCAGUUCCCCACGGAGCGAUUGCACUAGCUGCACGACUUGGAGUGCUUGUAAUCCCCGUGAAAGUCCCGAGAGGAAGAAAAAAACUGUACAUCCUUGUUUUGCACAACUACCGGGUAGCACAAGGCAAAUAUGUCCUGCAAUGAGAAAACAGCGCUGCUGGCAACGCAACAAGGACAUCAGCAGCAGCACAUCAUUGUCGUGCCUGUGACGCGGAAGGAGCCCAUUCUCACAACUGCUGAUUAUUCCUACGGCCUGACCCUGGAGGAGUUGCUGCCCUUUGCGCUGGAUCCCUGGUGGCAGAAUGUGCGGCGCCUCAGCUGCGGGGUCCUGGGACUGGCCUUCCUGCUGACCCUCAUUGCCGCCCUGUCGCUGGCCUAUUCGGGUAGUCGGUCAGUCUGUGAGGCAAAUAGAGCAAUUAGCGGCAACUCGACCACGGCUACGCUGGCCACCCCAUUGGCCUUGCUCUCCAACGGCACUCAGCUGCUGAUGGCCAGUUUGUAGCUGCCGUCGGGUAAUCUCUGGAACAUUUUGGAGAUGCUGCAAUCCGCCAGCCAGAAUUGCAUCAGCUGCAUCAAGCACGCACAUUCGCAUUUGUUUGGCUUGGCUUUCCUUCCCGCCUUUACCCCAGUUGCCAACCGUGCGAUAAGCUAUGCACCGCGGUACCGACUGAUUGUGGGGCAAUUGUGUUUGCCUGCCAGCUGAUUACUCUAAUUGAUUUUCGAAAAUAAACUGUAUAUCAUAUUUCAGGAAACGUUUAAUAAAAUAAAAUCAUAGCCACAAAGCUUAGAAUAAUUUAA